AUGGACCUCACUCUUCUGUGGGUGCUUCUACCACUGGUCACUGUGGCCUGGGGCCAAUAUGGUGACUAUGAGUAUCCAUAUCAGCCAUAUCAUGAUUACAGUGACGAUGGAUGGGUGAAUCUGAACCGGCAGGGCUUCAGCUUCCAGUGUCCCCAGGGACAGGUGGUGGUAGCUGUGAGAAGCAUCUUCAGCAAGAAGGAAGGUUCUGACAGACAAUGGAACUAUGAGUGCAUGCCCACACCUCAGAUCCUCGGGGAGCCUACCGAAUGCUGGUGGGAGGAGAUCAACAGGGCUGGAAUGGAAUGGUACCAGACGUGCUCCAACAAUGGACUGGUGGCAGGGUUCCAGAGCCGCUACUUUGAGUCAGUGCUGGAUCGAGAGUGGCAAUUUUACUGCUGUCGCUACAGCAAGAGAUGCCCAUAUUCCUGCUGGCUAACAACAGAGUAUCCAGGACACUAUGGUGAGGAGAUGGACAUGGUUUCCUAUAAUUACGAUUAUUAUAUGCGAGGAGCAACGACUACUUUCUCUGCAGUAGAAAGGGAUCGCCAGUGGAAGUUCAUAAUGUGCCGGAUGACUGACUAUGACUGUGAAUUUGCAAAUGUUUAG